AUGGACCCAAGGAAAACAAAACGGGCAAGCGGUUCCGGGGCACUUGUCCCCAUCACUUUCAUUCUCGCGGAGACUUGUCCAAUUUCCAGCCAUCCGAUCAUGUCACGCCAAUCUAAAACGCGCCGAACACGCUCGCUAGGCGGCUGCAAGACAUGCAAACGCCGACAUGUCAAGUGCGACCAGAGCCGCCCCAGCUGUCAAGCAUGCGUCACCCUAGGGCUAGCCUGUGAGGGAUUCCCAGAUGGGGUGCAUUGGAUGUCCGAUAAAAAGCCCGGAUCUUCACAAAAGUCGCCAAGCGGUAAACGAGGCUAUCUGACUAGCCUCGGAAUUAGACGCCAUCUAUAUACCGAAGAGUAUAGACGCUCAAUGGGUGCCCUCGUCAGUAGAGGUCUUGUGUCAGGCUCUAUCGACGCUUCUUUGGAGGAGAUUGAUCUAAGGUCGCAGGAUCCUAGCUUCGGCUCCAGCGGCGAAACACAAAUUGGGCCCUUUACUGUUCUCAGUUUUUCAGAUUCAUCUCCAUCCGAUGGACAUCCAACGCACUACUUGGAUACCUCGAAUUACUCCCCAUGCUCACCGCCUGCCCAUAUUGAUGACUUCGGUAUCAAUCAUCCAUAUCCCGUCUUCGAUAUUCCGGAUAGCGCGAACGAGCUGUUGCAGUGGUCAGAUCUCUUUGUGACUAGUGAUGAUUUCCACGGUAUCCUGUCCGAUCCGACCUUUGGGCUUGGUAGCCCACUUGACCUUCAGAGCUCCACUCAGUCGGAAGGCCCAACCCUUGCAAUAGGCCCAGCACUUGAAAGUGCACCGGAUCAAUCGCAUCUUGCACCAACUCUUCCUUCAAUCAAUAUACUUGCAGAUGCUUCUUUCCUGCUCAGGACUUUCCAAAAGGAAGUUGUGCCCCAGUUGACCGUUGUACCUCUUGCUAAGAGUCCAUGGAAUGCUUUGAAUGUCCCUCUGGCACUGGUGACCCUGGGGGAACUAACUAUCAUGGAAUCUAGAGAAGUUAAACAUGCACAGCAGGCAAAUCUUUAUAGUUUACUGGCCUGUUCUGCUAUCUUUCUGGCAACAAGCUCUACAGCAUAUACCACAGAUCCUAUACAAAGGAAUCAUUGGAGACAGGCGGCUGAGCAAGCAUAUCAUGAGGCCAAAACCCAUAUGGAUCUUUCCUUGGUCAGAGAACUGGACGGAGUCGAUAAGGCCAAGUUGAAGGAUCAGCUUAUGGCCCUUUAUGGACUGAUCGAAUUUGCAAUAUUUUCGCACAAUUAUCUAGACGCCCGAAGAUAUCUGAUUGAUGCCGAACGACUUCUACGCUUCCGAGGAUUGGCCAAAUGUAGGAUAUCGCCGAAACUCCGGCUUCUGUUCAAUCUUUACGCAUGGCUUCGUCUUAUUGGAGAGAGCACAUACGUAUUGCAUAACUAUGUGCCGUCAGAUUCAUUCAUCAACAGCCUCAGUGCCAACUGCCAGACUCAGGAAGCACAUCCAGAUGAACUCGCCAAACCGAGAAUCUUCGAGCACCGUCAUCGAAUAGAUGACUUUCUAUACUUCGAGAACUCACAGGUCGAUCUCAAUAUCGACGAACAGAAAGAUCACAGAUUGGACCUUUCUGAUAUCCAUUUACAAGACUCCCGAAUGACGGUUGAGAGUCUAUGCCAUCAGGUCUACGGUAUCCCUGAAACCAUGCUGAGCUUACUCUCUCAUGCGACUCGGUUGGCAAAUGUCACGGAAACCUUGCAAAGCGCACAUGACUCACAUAUGCCAAUCAGCAAUGAUGUGUGGACAACCUUGAAGCGUCGAAAGACACGCCUAGAGAACGUAAUCAUGUCUUUCAGAAACCGUGGCCUUGCUGCAAGCGCCGGUGAAGAAUACCCUUCACCGAGUAAGCUCAUGGUUCAGGCCUUGAACUCCGCGUUGGUGAUCUUCUUCUACCGAAGAGUGCGACGAGUCCACCCCGCGAUAUUGAGCGGAUACGUGGACCACAUCAUCACCACAUUCCGAGACUGGUUAAUACUCGUGAAAGACGGCAGUCCAAUCGGUCCUGGAACCUUGUGGCCUAUCUUCAUGGCCGGAUGCGAGGCUACGACGAAAAUACAGCGAGAUGCUAUCUUGGAGAUUGUGGGUCAAGCUGGGGCAAAGAGUGGUUUCCUGCCUUUCAAAAUCGCGGAAGACAUCAUGUCGGAGGUCUGGUUGGUACAGGAUCAGCAGCAGUUGGCUAAUAUUAGUGAUCCUCUCCCAACUUGGAUGGAUGUUUUAAAAAAGCGAAAGAUAUGGCCGAUGUUUUGUUGA